CAGCCAUCCAGACCCAUGACCAGUGCUCUCCUGGCGACAUGCACAGAAGAAGAUGAGGUUUUGCUAAGAACGACCGCAAUUCCAAGCUUCUGAAGGGUUGUUGCUAACUGUGAGUCAAAGAGCCCUUUGGUGACAGAAUGACAGUAUGGAUAUUGGGGAUAGUCCCCUUCUCCCAGACAGCAUCCUCUAUGAGAUUUUCCUGUACCUGGACCACGUAGAUGUGCUCUCAGUGGGGUUGGUGUGUCGGCAAUGGCAUGCGGUGGCCCGGGAUGAGUUCCUGUGGAAGGAGCUGUUCUAUAGAUACUACAGGGUCUCUCGGGAAGUGCCACGGCACCCAGCUGCUGUUUCCUGGUACGAGGACUUCCAGAGGCUCUACGACACCAUCCCCUGUGUUGAAGUGCAAACCCUGACGGAGCACAAUGACCAGGUCUUACACCUUAGCUUCUCCCACACAGGCUACCUGUUUGCAUCCUGCUCCAAGGACUGCACAGUUAAGAUCUGGAACAACGAGCUGGCCAUUUCCCUGCUCCACAGCUCCAACAUGAGGCUGUACAACUGGAGCUACACCCAGUUCUCUCAGUUCAACUCGGAUGACACCCUCCUCCUGGUGUCAGGGGUCUUUGUGGGGCCUCGUAACUCCUCGUCAGGAGAGAUAGCCGUCAUUAGCCUGGAUAACUUCACGCUCCUCUCCAGGGUGAGGAACAAACCCUAUGAUGUGUUUGGCUGCUGGCUGAAUGAAACCAACUUGAUUUCUGGCAACCUGCACCGAAUUGGGAACAUCACCUCCUGCUCUGUGCUGUGGCUGAACAAUGCCUUCCAGGGGAUAGAGUCUGAGAAUGUGAACGUAGUGAAGAGACUGUUCAAAAUCCAGAACUUGAACGCCAGCACCAUCCGGACAGUGAUGGUGGCAGACUGCAGCCGCUACGAUGCCCCGGACCUGCUCCUGGACUACAAGGAGCAGCUGGCGGCUGCUGCUGCUCCCUACCAGGUCUUUGAUCUUGGCAGUGACAGUGAGGAAGAGGAGGCGAAGCCCAAGCAGAAAGUGAUGGCAGAGCCAGUGGCGCAGGCAUCGCCAGACAGUGGGAGCGGGACAGCAGAGGACGGGCUGCAGCAGUUCCUGGACGACAUCCUCGAAGGCCGUGUGAUGCCCGUCAUGAGUGAGAGUGAGCUGGAGACGAAGGUGGCAGAGCUGCUUGCCAGGAACAGGACUAAACCGCCUGAGCUGAACCAACUCCCCACAGAGGCCAGUAACAAGAAGAAAUACUUGAUCUUCACCACAGGAUGCCUCACCUACUCUCCACACCAGAUAGGGAUUAAGCAGAUCUUGCCUCAUCAGAUGACGACUGCUGGACCAGUGCUUGGGGAGGAGAGACGUUCAGAUGAGUUCUUUGAUUCGCUGGAUCAUGUCAUUGACAUCCACGGUCACAUUAUUGGAAUGGGUCUUUCUCCUGAUCACAGGUACCUGUAUGUGAACAGCCGGUCCUGGCCGCGGGACUGUGUGAUCUCUGAUCCCAUGCAGCCACCCCCCAUUGCAGAGGAGAUUGACCUGCAUGUGUUUGAUCUGAAGACCAUGAAGGAGGUGAAGCGAGCUCUCCGCUCGCACCGGGCCUACACUCCCAACGAUGAAUGUUUCUUCAUCUUCCUUGAUGUCAGCAGGGAUUUCGUAGCCAGUGGGGCAGAGGAUCAUCAUGGCUACAUCUGGGACCGGCACUACAAUAUCUGCCUGGCCAAGCUGCAGCAUGACGACGUGGUCAACUCCGUGGCAUUCAGCCCCAUUGAGCAGGAACUGCUCCUGACGGCCAGUGAUGACACCACCAUCAAAGUGUGGCGCUCCCCACGCACUGUGCGCAUCCACCAUGCCAGGAAACCGAAGCCCCGCAAGCUGCUUUUCUCCUGGCUCAUGAACCAGCAGAGCUGAACCAAGGCACCUGUUUGUGCUGCUGCCUCACUCCAGCCACACCCUCUAUUGUGCUUUGGACAGUGGGAGCAUUGAUGGAGAGGAGCUGUGGGCACAAGGCCCUGGAAGGAUCCUACCCCAAGAGAGAACCUUGCACUCCCACCAAUGGCUCGCAUCUGACAGAACUGUUACAGUCAGACUGCCCCCACUGUCGCUGCAGCCUGUGAGUUGGGUCACUGCAGGGCAAACUCCCCCUCCACAUCACAGGUGCUGCUAGUCAGUCACGCUACUUGCAGCCAAGCUUUGGUCACUAAUCAGCACAGACUGUGGCGGUUCAUUUUCUUCGUGAGCUGGGGGUCUAGCCUCAGAGCUGCUGGCUCAAAGGGGAGUGUCGCAGCACUGCUCUUGUCAUGACAGGGCUGUUUUAUCGCUGUCUGUCUGUCUGUCCCAUGCAGGAGGCGCUGACAGUGUUACUGGUCACCCUCCUCCCAUCUCCUGCAGCCAGGUCUUGAAUGCAGACCGGCGAGCGAGGAGACUUUCCAGAGAGGCUCUUGCUCAAAAGUGCAAAGCAUUAGGGCACUGGUGCUGGCUUGGCAGUCUGCUGAUGGCAGCUAGCAACUUUCUGCCCCACAGCUCCACCUUGGGCCUACCAGAGCCCUUUGGACUGCAGCCAGCUCAAGGCAAGCCUCUGUUGCUGCUUUCCAUUAGCUGUGAGCCUGUGCACCUCCACCACUGGCUUCCACACGGGUACGUGGAGAGCUGGGGAGUCACAUAGGAUGGGCCUUGGUGAGCUGCUAACUAACAUUAAGAUGCUCCAGUUGCAUUGCUAAUGGUGGUGUUUUCCAGGCAAUCCACUGCAGUGGGAACCUCAGCUUUGUGGUCACCCCUGCAAUGAGGGCAGCUUAUGGGCCAUGAGAAUCUGAGUCCAGCUGUCACGGCAUGAGCCACAAACUCUUUGGUAUUUGCUCUGCAGGACAGCAGGCGGCUACGCCAUCCCAGCUGAUGUCUGAGUUGCUCACUAACUGCCACCUGGAUGAGAACUGUCCAAGUGCUCUUUCACUGUGGGUGACUUCUCCCUGCGGUGCUACUGGCCUCCCCCAGCGCCUUUAAGUUCUCAUCUAAGGAGUCAGUCUUUUCUGUGCUCUGUCAUGCUGCACUCUUCGUCUCACUCAAGGCUCCUGGAGCUGGGGGUGAUGAGGCAGCCUGUGGAAGCCAAAACUGAUGGGGGGGCUUCUAAAGCCUACAGCGGGAGAUGAGAGGAAAAUGUCUCACUUCCAGUAGCUGGCCCUGGGUCAGAGCUGAUCCCUCUUUAAGAACUAGUCUUUGUCUCUGAAAGCAUUGGCCCUAGGAUUUUAACUUGGUGUUUUGAACUAGGAUCCUACAUCCAUAGGCCUGGAUUUCUGAGGUGCUGGUAACCUGCAGCUCCCAGUGACGUCAAGCUGCAGGUGCUCAGCAGCUUUGAAAAUAGCAGGCUGGAAUUUUUAGGCCUCUGACUUUGGAAGCAGUGGCUCCAGUCUGUAAAACAGAGAGGCGGCUGGGGAGGAAGAGGGUUGUAUACUUGUUAGUUGCCUGUACACUCUGCUCAGGCAGAGGCACAAGUCAAACUAAAUGGUGCUUCUGCUGCUUUCUGUUAGCCCUCUGGGCUGCAGCUUUCUGUGCUGCAUGGCCAUGCAGGGUUUUAAUUCCUCUUAGGGAGGCUGGCAAGAUUCAUAGUGUUGCUACCCUCCCCCAGCAGCACACUCCAGAGAGCAGGGACGUUUUGUUUGCAAAUGGUUCGGAAGACAUGGAUGCUUCCCAUGGAGCUGUUUGAUCAUUAAAGAAACUAAAUUCA